GAGAAUAUCAACACAGUAGCUGCAAAAUGUCUGCAAAUUUCACUUUAUUCCUGACCGCCUUGGGGCUGUUUUCGGUCUCCCUAACUGGUGCAUAUAAUAUAGCGUCACAUGUCGCUGAUGGAGUGCCUGCACACCUCAACAUAACUAUUGCCCCAUUCGUGCAGAUCGGCGAUGGAUACUACCUUAUUGAGCAGAAGGUGUUGAAGAAUUGGUAUCAGGCGCAUUUGGAAUGUCGAAAACUGGGUGCCGAUCUAGUCAGUUUCGAGACGCGUAAAGAAAUGGAAGCAGUUCAUGCCCAUCCAUCUAUUACCGGAGAGAGACUUCAAUUCUGGACUUCAGGCACAGACUUGGCAGAGCAGGGCGAGCAUGUCUGGUUCGCAAAUUCCAAGCCCCUGUCUAAAGAUUUUUGGUUUCCCGGAGAGCCAAACAAUAGCGGCGGCAACGAGAGAUGCGUUACAUUAUGGUAUAAAUUUUCAGAUAGCCCUGGCCUAAACGAUUUGCCCUGCGAAAGGCUUCACCGUUAUAUUUGUGAAGCUCCUACUCCGAAGACAGCCUCUUUCGUUAUUUGGUAAAAUGUCAUAUGAUGCCAUUUAAUAAAAGCAUUUCAAUUUCCCAGAGAGAAAAA